GUUACAGAUUAUAUAUAUUUUGAGUUGGAAGAAUAGGGGGUUGGUUGGAUUUGGGGAGAAGUUUCUGGAAAAUGGUGAAUGGUGUGACCUGAAAUUUAGUCUUUUGAAUAAAAGAGUAGUAAUUGGGAAGAAUUUUUCCCCCCACAGUUCUGUUUCUCUCCAUUCCUACUGAUAUUUUCUUUCUUGUCAUUAACUAUACAAACAUUCUGUCUUGCAUCAAAAGACAAAAGAGUUCUAUUCCUAGUUCUAAUUUCAGCAACUAGUCUUACACAGUUCAUUUCCUAUCUCUCUCCAUCAAUAAAUAGUAAUCAAGUAAAAGUGGAGUGGAUAUUUGAACCAACAGGGAAAUAAAUUCCUUCGUCACACCCUUAUAAAUCAAGAGUUUUGGAAAUUCACAAAAUAAUCACCAACCACAGAAAACUUCAAUUUUCACUCUAAUUUUCCCCCUCAAAGAGUUCCUCUUUUAUUGGUUAAAUGCUAAUUCGACACUUGUAAGAAUGUCUUUAGUUCCAAUUCAACAGAAUAUUCAGUAACCAGAAAUGAGCCGUACACUGAUAAACCCAGGUUAGUGCUCGCUCCAUCAUAUAUAAAACACUUGAUCAAGCCACAAAUACUAUCACAUAGCAGAGAACAUUGACACAGACUGAAGUGUGCUAGGUGAUGCACAAGCUUCAAUUUUCAUAUCAGCAAGCAAUUAGCCAUGAACUACCAGUCCAAGGGGUAGUUCAUCAUAUACUUGGAACGGAAUCUUCUAUUCUAGUUUGGUGUCUCUUUUCCUGUCCUACCAAUAAAAUUGUGUCAUGUCAUUUAAAAUUACUCGUGCAAAUUUAUAAUUUCAUGCCCAUGCCCUUUUUAACUAACAUGACAGAUUUCAGAUCAAGUUACAGUAAGACUGUAAGAGCUCUAUCAAUGUCUCCGAAACAUAUUUUUUCAGCAGAUGUUCAGUACCAUUUAACUAAAACAGCAUGUCUAAAGAAAAUUAUGAUACUAGAUCACUGUACUCUAGAAGUAACUCUCAUCUGAAAUCUGAAUAACGUUGUUUACUAUGGAUAACCAAGCAGAUGAAGACAAAUCAUAGUCUGAUGUUCAAGGGUGAAAAUGAAUUGUUUGUGUCUUGUUUGGGGUGAUACAGUGAUCACCAAAAAAGCUCACAUGGCCACAUGUUUAGUUGGUCAAUGUUGUGUAACCCACGCUCAGUCACGAUGAGAUAAGAAACUAGAAGAGUGGGAGGGAGAACAAAAGAAAAGGUUGUGGAAGGAGAAAGAAAUGGAGGAAGCAAAAGGAGUAGUGAAGCACGUAGCUCUCACCAAGUUCAAGGAUGACAUAACACCAGAGAGAAUUGAGGAACUCACCAAAGCCUAUGCCAAUCUCCUCAAUGUCAUCCCAUCUAUGAAGUCAUUUCACUGGGGCAAAGAUGUAAGUGCUGAAAACCUGCAUCAAGGUUUUACUCAUGUGUUUGAAUCAACCUUUGAGAGUAUGGAAGGUGUUGCAGAGUAUGUAGCUCAUCCUGCCCAUGUUGAAUAUGCAAAUUUGCUUAUCCCCUGCUUGGAGAAAUUCGUUAUUAUCGACUAUAAGCCCACCGUUGUUAAGUUUUGAUUGUAUAAGUAAUGGAACCAUUACAGUCAGUGUUUUCUGAAAAAUAAAUUAUGGAUCCUCUUUGUGUACCCUACAAUGCUACAUCUGCUACAGUUCCUCUUCUAGUGGAUGAAUUCAGACUUUAUUAGAAUUCCAUUUCAAGAAGCCUUUAUGAAGCUAUCUCCACCAAUUCAGAUUCAGCUUAUUAAUUUCUCAUGCACUCUCCUCUUGGCCUGAUUUUGUUAAUGUAUUGCUUUAUGGUAAUCUGUAUGGAUUGAACAUAAUCCAUUAAUAAAUAAGCAAGGAUCAGUGUCCUUUUGCUAAAAACUCACUUCAUCCAAGACUUUAUAAGUUGACCAAGAAAAAAUCCCUAGCUUUCUAAAUUGACCAUAUACAAAUUCAAUCAUAGCUGCACGUGAUGAAAAUUGUCUCCCUUAAUAUGAAGUAGAACCAAUUUGUCAUAUAACCUGUAUUGAAAUGAACAUGAGUCCUCCAAUCUUAUGUGCAAAAACUGUCUCCGACCGCUCCAUAAGGCUUUCUAACGCGGUUGGGAGCAUCCUAACCUCUCCUCUUAAGGGCACAUGUUGCCAAGAGGCCUACAACAAUAGGUCGCCCCUUUAAACAUAGGGGUCAAGUAUUAUAAAUUAAGCUUAAUAUGACAAGUGGGGAACAUUGCCUCGCCCAGUGACUAUAUAGUUCCUCCCUUAUGCCUAACAUGACUUCAUCCCUGUGUAGUUCUACAUUGAGUCGUCCAUAACCAAUUGUCCGAAGUGGUUAGGUGUUCAGUUGUGUGAUUAAAUUGAACUUGUGAGCAAACCAAUAUAGCUUUGUCUAUACAUUUUAGGAGAGUAUGAUUUAUAGUUUUCCACCUCUAAAUGACAUAUAGGGCAUAGACUAUCUGGAACUUGAUGCCUCUUGGGGAAAUUGGCUUAACCGGGACCGAAUUUUCUACCAUAAAUUCUAUGAAAUAUUUUAUUCUUCUUUGGCACCUUAAUUUUCCAUCACCACUUCUACAACACAUCAAGUGGGAAAGAACUACCAUGGAACCCUUAGUUGUGAUUUUUUCCCUACAUGGCAGUCACUUUUAAGUUUUAAUGGUGAAAGACCCUAUUUUUAGUG